AUAAUAGCAGAGAGAGGAUAAUAGAUAAAGUCUGUGAAACGAUCAUGGCGCCUAAUCAACGUCAGCGUCAGCUCGUUUUAUCGAAGAAAGAAUUGAAAAAAAUCAAUGGAAGAAGAUUUUCAAAGCCAGAAGAAUCUUCCGAUGUGGGACUUAUUUAUCCUGGCUAUGAUACAGCUUUCAAACUGCUGCUAUCGGCAAGAUUUUGUUCCGCUAUAUGGAGUCAUAUAACAGAUUGUGAUGAAACAUACAAUUACUGGGAACCGAGUCAUUAUUUGCUCUAUGGAACAGGCCAGCAAACAUGGGAAUAUAGUCCUGAAUAUGCCUUACGUUCAUAUAUGUACCUAUUAAUUCACAUGGUACCAGCAAAAGUUUAUCAUUAUUUAUUGGAACCAAAUCCUAUGCUAGUUUUCUAUUUUAUACGAUGCUUCCUGUCAGUGGGUUGUGCAUUAUGUGAAGUAUACUUUUACAAAAAUGUCUGUCGUGAAUUCGGGGUUCAUGUAGCAAGGCUUACAUUAGCAUUUCUUAUUCUCAGCUCCGGGAUGUAUAUUUCUAGUGCUGCAUUUUUACCAUCAUCUUUUUCAAUGUAUUUAAGUACUGUCGCUACAGCAGCUUGGUAUGCUCGCCAGUAUGAACUUGCUAUUUUUGCUACUGCCAUUUCUUCGUUACUUGGAUGGCCAUUUGCUGCAUUACUCGGUCUUCCUAUUGCCAUUGAGAUAUUAAUACACAGGCGAGAAUGGAGCAAAUUUAUAAAGUGGGUUAUUAUAUCAGCUGUUGUAAUUGGAGUACCAAUGGUAUGGGUGGAUUCCUUAUACUUCGGCAAAUUUGUCGCCGCGCCAAUAAACAUUAUAUUGUACAAUGUUUUCACCAAUCAUGGACCUAAUCUUUAUGGCACUGAACCAUUCAGUUAUUAUGUUGUUAAUGGAUUCUUGAAUUUCAACUUUGUCUUUAUCGGCGCAUUACUUGCACCCUUGGGUUUAUUUUUAGUAUGGUUGAUCGUGCCAGCGCGGCAAAGAGAUCGUUUAUGCCUGUCUUAUUGGUAUUCACUGGCGCCUUUAUAUCUGUGGAUUUUCGUGUUCUUCCUUCAACCGCACAAAGAGGAACGGUUCUUGUUUCCAGUAUAUCCUAUGAUUUGUUUGGCAGGCGCGAUAGCAGUGGAUAUCGUACAAAAGUUAUACUUUUUUGUUAGAACGAAAUUCAAUUCAUCACAUAUCAGUUGUCACUACUUACAAUAUACUACACACAUUACCGUUCUGGCGAUAUUAAUGAGUGGCCUCUUGGGAUUGUCAAGAUCGUUGGCGAUAUAUAAAGGAUAUUAUGCUCCUAUGGAAAUUAUGUUUGAAGCUAACAAGCUUGGAACAGAAGGCGAGGUACCCAACGAUGUUAAUAUAAAUUUCUGUAUCGGGAAAGAGUGGCAUCGUUUUCCUAGCAGUUUUUUCUUUCCUUCCAAUAAUUGGAAGUUACAAUACUUGAGAUCUGAAUUUAAAGGACAAUUACCGCAACCUUUUUUAGAUCAUGAAAAUGCGACAAGUGUAAUUCAAGCACAUUUUAAUGAUAUGAAUAAAGAGGAAUCAUCCCGCUAUUUUAAUUUAGAUAAGUGCCAUUUUCUGUUAGAUCUGGAUAUAGGAACUGAAACAGCCUUAGAACCGAAUUAUUCUCGCCUAAGUGAUCAAUUUACUAUUAUAAAAUCUUCUAAAUUCUUAGAUGCAUCAAAAUCGCAUCCACUUUUCAGAGCUUUCUACAUUCCAUUUAUAUCUUAUAAAUUUUGUACAUAUGGCUCAUACAACUUAUUACAAAGUAAUAAGUUUAAAUCUUUGCUGUCCUUGAAGCAGAAAAAUUCUAAGCUCUCUUAAACGAAGGACAGGAUUUUGUAAAAAAAGUGAUUUUUGUUAUUUUAUGAUAAAGUAUAUUUAAUAAUGUAUAUAUUGCGUAUAUAAAGAUAAAUUAAUUUUAGUUAAAGAUUUUGACUCAAAAUUUUAUUUAACAUUUGCAAACGACAGAAUUAAUAGAAUACAAUAAAUUUAUCAAUUUUAGUAAUGGAAAUUUCUUGCAAUUUCACUUUUAAUGGUUUUAAUAUUUUACUUUAUCAUCUUCUAGUGGUGUAUCAAAAACAACUAUUUUUGUAGCAUAAAAAGUUUAUAAUCUAUAUGGAACUUUGUAAAUCUUCAAAGUUAUUAAAUUUUGAACUGUAUAGAUAUAUUUAAUUUAUAGUAUUUUUUAAUAUAACUGCGAUAAACGAUACACAUAUAGUAUGGUGUAAUUGUAAGGAGUCUGUUAAAAUCAUGACACAUGAAUUAUGUAAAUUGCAAAAUUAUUAAUAUAUUAGAAAGAUAAUUACAUUAUAUUGAUGUAUGUAAAUAUAUGCGCGCGUGAUGUACAUAUUAUUAUAAACACAUCAGUAGUCAUUAAUACAAAUCUAUUCUAAUUAAAAUAUCAUAAUGUUUCAGCAGACACCUAUAAAUUAUGACAAAAUAUACAUAACAUAAUGUUUCAAGAGAUACCUGUAAGCUAUGAUGUAAGCAGAAUCUAAGACUAAACUUAAAAUUUUAUUUAAAAGUUGUAUAUCUUGUAAAUCAGCUGUUUAACUAGUAGUUAAUAAUACUUUAGACUUUACUUUACUAAUAUAUUAGUUACACAUUAAUAUAUGCAACACAAAAAAACUAGAACCGGUAAAAAGAGCUCACAUAUUUAUCUAUCCUCUAAAAUUAAAUAAAAUAUGCUAUUCUGGACAGAUAUGUAAAUAUGGAACCCAUAGAGAAAUAAAUCUAAAAAAUAAAGAUAAGUUGACAUAA